AAACGUCAACAUCGGCUGUGAUUUGUUUACAUCUGCUGUGUUUGUGUGUCCACAGCAACAACAAAAUCUGCUCAAUCUAUCGCAAAAUUCUUAUUUUAUCAUUUAAUCAACACUACUGAUCACAAAAUGGAUCUGUCGCGUGCACCAAACGAAAGAAAGCUGUACUUGUGCAAGUGGUACUUUAAAGCCGGAUUUGCGCUACUUCCCUUCCUGUGGUCUAUCAAUACGAUCUGGUUCUUCAACGAAGCGUUUCGCAAACCAGCUUACGAUGAGCAGAAGGAGAUUAAGAAAUAUGUGAUAUUCUCGCUGAUAGGAUCGUUAGUGUGGAUUGUGGCAAUUAUUGCUUGGGUUGUCACAUUCCAGCUAAAGCGAACCGAAUGGGGAGAGUUUGCCGACAACAUCAGCUUUAUCAUACCGCUAGGGCAGGCGUGAGAUAUCAACCAUAGCUAAUUAGGUGUACUUUUAAGAGCAAAAUCAUUGUCAUCAAGUAUUAACUGCUAAAGAAAUCAUAAAUGAAUAUUAAAUUCAAGCUAAAUUAAUUUUUCUUUUUCUAAUAAACGUCCAUUAGAAACAA